CCUUAUAUUGGGCUUAAAAGCCCAAAUUAUCCAAAAGUUAAUUCGAAUCAUCUUCUUCUCCCUCCUUUAGUAACCCUAAGAUUCUCUCUGUGAAUCCUUGUUCAUCGUCACUGAAAUUAGUUUACAAAAUCGACGAAUUCGGAGAUGAUUUUUCAGAAUGUGUGCAGAAAUGAGUCCAACUUCAACGCUAUAGCUUCCGAAUCGCGUUCCCAAACGCAGUUCGGUGUUUCGAAAUCCUCCUCGAGCGGCGGCGGAUGUAUCUCCGCCAGGACUAAAGACCGUCACACGAAGGUUAACGGACGAAGCCGUCGAGUUACGAUGCCGGCUCUCGCCGCCGCUAGGAUUUUCCAGUUAACGCGUGAGCUCGGUCACAAAACUGAAGGAGAAACCAUCGAAUGGCUUCUUAGUCAAGCUGAACCGUCGAUUAUUGCCGCCACUGGCUACGGGACUAAGCUCAUUUCGAAUUGGGUUGAUGUUGCGGCGGACGAUUCCUCGUCGUCGUCGUCGAUGACGUCGCCGCAAACGCAAACGCAAACGCCACAAUCGCCGAGUUGUAGGUUGGAUCUUUGUCAGCCAAUCGGAAUUCAGUAUCCGGUGAAUGGUUACAGUCAUAUGCCGUUCACAGCGAUGCUUUUAGAGCCGAUGACCACGACGGCGGAAUCUGAGGUUGAGAUCGCGGAGGAGGAGGAACGUAGACGCCGUCACCAUUAGUAAAAUUAGGCUUUUGAUUUAGAGUGUUAAAAUUAGGAUUUUAAAAGUUUAGGAGGUAACAGAUAAGGAUAAUUUAGUCAAAUCAUGUUGUUUAGUUUGGUAAUGUUAUUUUGCCACUAAACAACUAAUAAUAUUGUUUGAUAAUCUUAUUAUUUGGUUUUGGAAACAAAUUGAUUAAAAAAUAAUGCCAUAUGUUUAUAAUGUUUAUAUUGUUUUUCUCACUAUUGAUUUGUGAUUUUUUAGUAAUGCUUGAAAUCAUUAAGCAACACUAUUUAAAUAAACAAAAAUUUCU